CCCCUCCCACGCGCGCGACCACAAACGCAACCAAUACCCCUCACCCCCUACCUGUUCCGCCACGGGAAAAAUACCCGAAAGAAAGGCUCCCAAGCAAGAAAAGGCAGACAAGGAGGGUCGGCCUAAUCCGAUCUGCGGUCUCGUCAAACCGCCGAUUUCUGUUGUGUCAAUAUUAUCACAGCUCUUGACUUAGAAGCGUGCAGAACCUACGCCUGCUGCCUGUAGGUUAUUGCUAACCCCUUCCCACAGUUUAAUGAACUUACUUUUGUGCUUGAGACAUCUGCUUUCAAUUUUGUUCUGAAGGUGCAUUUGUCUUAACCAUCUGCUUUACUCAUUUCUCAUCCUUUUUGUAGUUGUCUUAAUAUAUAUAUUUACAUUUAUUUCACUGCUGAUAACUAAUGUAACAUUUUACUAUAGAACUUUUCCUGUGGCAAAUUACUAAUUUUAAUCUGUUGUGAUUUGCCUUGUUUAAUGCCGUCAAUGUCUUGGAACAGUUUGUACGAAGAUUCAAGCUAGUAAUUCAUAUUUCACUAUAACGCAUGUUAGACAAGAACUAUUGUACUGAUGAAACUUUAGCUUCACGAUGUUUAUUUCUUAAUGUCCAAAAUCUUGAGAAUGAUUUUAGCUAUUUACCAUUUGUACCAGAACUUUCUAGAAUUGUGAUUAGUAUCUUUGCAAGGCAUGAGUUACUUUGCACCAUGAUAAUCUUCUUAGUCCUUAGGGCUAACACUGAUUUGGAAACUAAAAUAUGAUCCCCCCAGAUGAUCUUAAAGCUUUAGUAAGACAGUUCCUUUUUCUUUGCCAUUGUAAAAAUGUAUUAAUGUUUAAUUCGGUAUUGCAAUGAAAUUAUGUUUAGCAAGAUAAUGUUUUUCUUAAUCUGUAUAAAUGCUCGACUUGAGUCAAUUAAUAAUUCUUUCUUCAACAAUUCUAACGAUAAAGUAGAUUCGUCACAGUUGAUUUCAAGAUGACAAGUAAGAAAAGUAACAGACCUACAGUCACAUCAUGCACUGCUCUGCAUAUGGAAUGGGACAGGAUUUCUUGCCCUAUUUGUAUGGAGCAACCACACAAUGCUGUUUUACUUAUAUGCAGUUCGUACAAGAAUGGCUGCAGAAGUUAUAUUUGUAACACAAGCCAUCGACACUCUAAUUGCCUAGACCGGUUCAGAGAAAUGAAUGGAGAUAGUAAGACAUUUGUUGAGCCCAAGCCUCAGAAGACACAUUGACAAUGCUAAUAACCAAGAAUCUGCUAAUUCAACACCAUUCUUAGGAGAAAGUAGCAUUAUAAUGCAAGAAUGUCAUGAUGCUAUGCAAAUUUCAGUUGACAUGAAGUGUCCUCUCUGUAGAGGAUCAGUAUCAGGCUGGAUUCCUGCUGGAGAAGUCAGAAAGUAUCUGGACGAGAAGUCGAGGUGUUGCUCCCAUGAUUGCUGCAAAUUUGUUGGUAGCUAUGAGCAGCUGCGUGAGCAUGCUAGAACAGCUCACCUACGUGCAAAGUCUGCCCUUGUAGAUAUCUCAAGGAAAAGGUCUUGGGAUCGCCUUGAACGUGAGCAGGAGUUUGGUGAUGUGAUUAGUGCAAUCAGGUCACAGAAUCCUGGUGCAGUAAUAGUUGGUGACUAUGUUAUUGAGACUAGAGAUGCAAUGUCUCCUGAUGAAGAUUCUGGGGAAGAAAGUGGUGAUGAGUGGUGGUCUCCUGCCCAAGACCAAGUAGAAUCACCGGAUAGACAUCGUGCCCCUAGGCCCUGGCUGAAUGGAAGGCUAGGAUCACCUACCAUUUGGCCAGAUGGAAGGCAUGCCUUCCCUAGGUUUCUGCCACAGCCCAGGCCAUUCAGUGAUAGGCGCAGCUCACGUGCAGAUUGGCAGGGCAUCCGACGGUCAAGCGCGCAAAGCUGGCUGCGCCAGGGUUUCUCGAAUCGGCACUCUAGGCACACCAGCAGUUACCGCGGAUAUCGCCAUGGCAUCUUUGAUCGCCGUUACGCUGGAAACAAUCGUGCAGGUAUUGAUAGGAGGCAGGAUGGCCCAACAUUUCUGCCGGGAAGACGGCAGCGUUUGAGAUACACGCAAAGAAGCCAGCAUGAUCCAUGAUCGGCCGAAGCAACACUACCUGUGCAGUAUUUAGUUAUUACAAACAGCCAAGCCAUCCUUGUAAAAUAGUUAGUGGUGGUUAAGAAUAAAUAUCUUGGCCUAUUUACUAUUCGUGUAUUAUAUCUGUUAGAAACGUUCUAGUGCAGAUGCAGAACUUCCCUUCUAAAUGUCUCUAUUCAAUGCCUUGUUCUUGGUAGUCUUUGUCUUUUUUUUUCUGUGUGAGGUGGUUCUGUGAUUAAGUUGAAAUGAGAUAUAACUGCAUUUUCUCCCA